AUGUCGUUUGAUGACGAUGAAUUGGUUCCGGAAAUUUUAAAUUUUUUCGACGAAUUUUGUUCUCGUAUUGAUGAUAGGCAGAUAGAAAUCAAUGGCCACAGUUCGUCUAGUAACCCAAGUACCAGUGCUCGUCGAACAAGAUCUAAUAGUUCUCAAUCAGGAGCUCCAUCGCAAAGACUUCGUGUUUCGGCUUUAAAAUUAACCAGAAGGUCAUCUUUAGGUAGACUCUGUGGAGAUAUUUCUUCUUCCCAGCUUUCUGUUAUAACCAAAGCUCCUGUUGUCUCAAAUGAAAAUGUGGAUUGGAAAAAGAAGUUUGAAGAGUUGCAAAGGCAAUAUGAUAUGAAAUGUGGUGAACUAACUAAUACCGCUGAAUCUGCUAAUCAGAGAUAUAAUUCUCUCUUGUCUACCAUUCGUAAUUUGGAAGCCACAUUAAAUAAUGAACGUCUGGAGAGUAUCAAAAGUAUAAAUGCUCUCCAAAGUCAGUUGUCUUUCAAGGAGGCCGAUUAUCGAUUAAUUACUACCGAAUUACAAAACUGCAAGAAUUUGCUAAUUCCUUCACAAUCCGCAUUAAUCACUAAGGAGACAUUUCCCCUUAUCUCUCAAGUUCCAAAUAGUGCAAUCGCAUCACCAGGCUCCUACCUUCUUACUCAGGAAGCCGAACGCGUGGAAGCCAAUUAUUCAAUCCGUGCUGGACCCCUUCCUAGAUCAGUAUCUCCCGUUGCCACACGAGGUCCCAUGCCUAAACGACCUCGUCUCUGUUGUGAUGACCGUCAAGCUUCUACCUCUACCUCCUCCGGAGUAUUGAUCACUCCGCCAAGUCACAGCUACUCCCGACCCUCUAUUCCCCUUCCAGAUCUUUCAGAAAGUGCUAAUCCACCAACACCUACAAAAUCUCGAGCUCAGGAUCUCUCAGAAUCGGAUAAUUCGUUUUUGGUUGAUGCUUCACCUCCAUUCCGAUCCCCUGGUCUUCAAAUAAUUGAGAAAUCUCCUUUUUCGGGACGGAAAAUGGAGGAGAAUGAUCAGUAUCCUGCAGCUUCAUCAUCAACCCUUACCCCUAAUCGAUCUACCACGCCUGAAUCUGAGGCUCUCGAUUCGGUUGAUAGUUUGGACUUUCGAAUUCAAGUAAGACGACCAAAUAAGGGAAAGCAAUUGGAGGUUUCUCGAACUGUUGUUGGUCAGUUGACGAGUCUUUUGGCUAAUAGUCGAAAUCUUCCUCGCGAUCCUGAAAUACCGGGGCAGGACAUUAGUCUAGCGUCUGAGGCUGAACAGGCUUCAACAGAAUUUGAUUUCUUCAAGGGAUUAAGCCAACUCACUUUGAAUUCAAAGGACAGUAGUAAAGAUGAUUGUUGGCCUUCCUUCAAUAGGUGUGUUCAACUUACUUUACCACAAAUACGUCUUCGCUUUCGGGAAUAUGUUAACUUCUUUCGACUCUUCCGGGAAAAGGUUUUCGACCACAGGUUUACAGAGCACUGGAAAUUUGAUGAGAUAUCUCGUGAGGAAUGUCCAGUAUCUAUGGAUUCAGAGUCUUUCAGUUUAGAAAAUUUUGCCGAAAACCCUUUUGCUGGCGCACCUGCAUCUCAAUUGGUCUCUAUUCCAUCACUUUCUUGUUCUAAAAGCGCUUCCACGAUCCGCUCCUCAGUUGUUGAGGUUAAUGAACCAUCUACAUGGCUGGAAUCAUCUGCUAAGCAGGCAAAUGAGGGUAUUCUGGCGUGUCUACGCCAAACAAAAGUUCUAUUCCAUACUGAUUGCAAGUUAGAUCACGCUUCUAUUGAUGGGAUCGGCGCCUUCAUUCUAGAAAUUAUUGAUUCCUUAUCAACAAUGCUUACAAUUACGCCUUUGGAUGGUGAAUUUGUGCUCAAUUCUCUUCCACUUUUGUGGAUGUCGAGAUUGACACGUGUUAUCUAUGAAUGCUUUGAUUUUGCUUCACAGUUCGCUCUUGAACUUUGCAAACUGUCGAAAGAUUCUUCUCAAGGGAAAUCACCUUGGUUGCCUUCAAUUCUUGACGUCUUUAUCCUCAUGGUCAGUUCAAUGUGUUCCAAGACUACACUCGAGGAUCCACCAGUUUUACUCCCAGCUCUUCGUUUGCUAGCUCUUCUUCUUGAGUCAGGUAACUUGGAGUCACCUCCUGACCCAGAUGUUCAACCUGCGUCGGCGCCGAACCCUAGUGUUUACUGGUUCUCAUCUGAUAAGGAUCCUGGACGAGGCUUUGAGCUCCUUUCCAAGUUGGUUGAGCUUGAAAAGAGCUACGCUGAGCGAGAUCAAACCUAUGUUCCCUAUUUUGCCUCCAGAUUCCUAUCCAAAAAAAUUUCCUCCUCAACGCAUUUAAGAUGUCCUCUUCUUUUACUCUGUCGUCUGCUUUUUAUUGAGCAGCACAUGCUUGACAGUGAAGAUACAUUUCAACACUGUAGGCUCCUUACAGAGUUUUCCAAGUUUACAGUCGCACUGACUAAAACCAAGGACUGGGCUCAAUAUCCUUAUUCACCGGAGAUCUAUAAGGCCCUAUUACGGUUAUGUAACUUUCCAUCAAGGUGGAUAUCCAGAUCUUCGUCACUUUCUGUCGAACAGAGUAGUCUCUGUAUGGGCUCUCUAGGUUGCGCCGUUAAAGCACUUCAAGCUCUGCUGUGUCAUCAUAAGUACAAACGAUUCAAAUACAUCACCGAUCGAAUUCCUGGCUUCUUCACUACUAUUUCCACACUUUCGCAUGUGGGUGAAAUGAGAGCCCACCUUGCUCACCCCGAUCUCGUUUACGAACUCCACGAUUUUGAUCGACCUGCAAAAUCCAAAAAACCCAAGAAGAGACCAGCUCACAAACCAGCUUACGCUAUGCUUGGGUUAUCUUCUAUGAAUUCGUAUGCCCACGUGCCCUCAUGCUCUUCUCUAAGUGAUGCAAAGCGUCGAAACUUGGCUCAUCGCCUGUUCCAAAUUGGUGCACUCAAUUUUAGCGGGGUUCAACUUAAGACUGGUGAGGUUACCCCUGUGUACUUUGAUAUUCGACUUACAAUGUCUGAUCCUCUACUACUGCAAGAAAUAACCGAAUCCAUGUAUGAGAUGGUUUGUGAUCGCACGUCCCAUCAUAAAUUCGACCUCGUCACUGGUGUCCCCGCAGCUGCUGUUGCUUUGGCCACAAGCGUUUCCAUUCAACAGAAUCUCCCAAUGAUUCUUACCCGUAAGGCCGUUAAGGACCACGGAACCAAGAAGCUGAUUGAAGGUGUUUGGACUCCCGGUCAAGAAGUCCUUAUAGUUGAGGAUGUUGUCACUUAUGGUGAUAGCAUCUCCGAAACAGUCGAGCUUCUGCGAUCUAUGGGCUUAGUUGUGCGCCAUGCCCUCGUAGUUGUUGAGAGACAACAGGGUGCCACACAAAAUCUUCUCCAUAAUUACAAUGUCAAUCUUCACGCACUUCUUACCUUUGACGACAUUCUCAAUAUCCUUAACACCGAUGGAUUGGUAUCUUCAGAGCGAGUUGAAGUGGCAAGGAGCUUUAUUGCUAGUGCUCAAUUCAGUCUGCGGCUCAAACAACUCACCGAUACCUUUCCUCCUAUUUCACGCAAUCUACUAGGCCUCAAGUCAGUCAAUAAAUGUCUUUCAAUCGAUGUUCCAAUGAGUUCGCAUAAAAUUCUUGAAAUUGCUAAAAAGGAGGGAGGGUCAAUUGAUGCACUCGAGAUCACACCUCAACUCGUACAAUAUGAUUCGGAAAAUUUCAUCUCAGAACUUGUUCGGCUUGCUGAGUUACAUGCUUUCCUUCUUAUUGCCAACUGCAAACUAUUAGGGGACGAGUCCUCCGCACGCGCAGCAUUGGAUGAAAGAAGUUAUCUCUCACCAUGCAAAUGGGCUGAUAUUGUUACAGUGUGCCCUCUUUCACCGCCAGAAAUAUUCAAUGCUUUCCGUCUUCUGAGGAAGAGUUCUUCCCUUAGAAGCCACCUCUCCGUUCUGCUGAUCGCUGAUUUCGGCCUCGAGGAAAAAUGCAUUGAAAUGGCUGCAAAGAAUCCCGAUGUUGUGCUGGGAUUCGUGUCUUUGAAACCCCUCUGCGGUCUUGCCACUACUAACGGCGAGUAUUCGUCGCCUUCUGUGAUCUACCAAGUCCCUGAUGUUCACUGUCCAUUGGAGAAAAACGGACACAUCGUCAAUGACGAUCAUCCUACUACCAAAGACAAGUUCAAUGAUCCCUCUAUUGGGCUUCUUCGCACUGUUUACUUCUCCUCUAUGAAUGGUUUAUAA